CGGCGGCUGAUGAUUUUGGGAGUAAAUUUGGGGCAAACCCAGGAGAGAGACUUGGCUUUAAAAUUUUUCUGGGCAGCCGGGAGAGGUAGCACACUCUGCCACCCGAGCGCUUGGGAAGCUGAGGCACUAAAAAUGGACACCCAGAAAGAUGUUCAACCACCAAAGCAGCAGCCAAUGAUUUAUAUUUGUGGAGAGUGUCACACCGAAAAUGAGAUAAAAUCCAGGGAUCCAAUCAGAUGCAGAGAAUGUGGCUACAGAAUAAUGUACAAGAAAAGAACGAAACGAUUGGUGGUUUUUGAUGCUCGAUGAAGUGGAGUUCAGGAGUGUCUUCAUGCGCACAUCUGUCUUACAGAUGUUUCUCUUUAAUGUAUAGCAUUUAACGUAGCUUACUUAAUGACUGCAACUGUAUACCUGUGAUUUCAUUUUAGAAAUGCAAUUGUAUUUUAAUACUUUGUAUAAAGGAAAUUUUGGUUCACCAUAUGACUUAAUUUAUUGUUCUUGGAGUUUGUCACACAGUGAAGAUUAAAAGUAUUUCCCCAAACCA